AUGGUCCUGUCCUCAAACGAUCAAAUCGACUUCUUGGCAGAAGGCUCUACAUUUGAUGCAGUCUCCAUAGAUGGACAAGUGAUGGAGAGAAAUCGAGAAGAGCUCAGGCUCAAAGUCACGGGUGAGAUUCACCGAAUGACAGCAUGUGACGGUGACGCUGGCAACCCGACUUAUGCCGAUAUGCCGGUACAACUCGAAUUCACGGGUCAGGGUCCCCGUUGA